AUCUUCUUCCUCUCCACUCUGAAGUGAUCUCUAAAGAAUUCGUCGAUGGCUUCCUCUAUCGUAAUUAGAAGAAAUCAGCAUAAUAUUCGGUGCUUCAGUCGUACUUUAGUAACCAAUACACAUCAUCACCUGAGUUCUUUGCUGAACCCAUCAUCUUCAUCAGUAUUACCUACCAAUGAAAUGUUAACUAGGGUUUCCGAUGGUCUCAUUCCACAGUCUAAACCGGUUGUUCCUUUAAUUGGACAAAGAUAUGGUGCUUUGAGUUUGUAUAAUAGGUACUUAUGUACUAAACCUGAAACCCCUAAAUUGAAGAACCUUAUAGAAGAUGCUGGGAAGAGUAAAGAAAAUGGAGGUGAAACUGAUGAUUCAUCAUCUCAGCAGCAGCAGCAGCAGACUGAUCAAAAUGCUGGGAAGUCAAUACGAGGCGCUCCGGUUUCAUGGUUGAGCUUUUUCUUGCUGCUAGUAACUGGAGGAGGAGUUCUUUAUUAUUUUGAGCAGGAGAAGAAACGGCAUAUAGAAGGUAUACAUAAAGCCUCCACUGCCGUUCAACAAGGACCAUCAGCUGGAAAAGCAAAUAUUGGUGGUGAAUUCAAGCUUGUUAACCAAGAUGGAAAAUAUGUCACGGAUAAGGAUUUUAAGGGAAAGUGGAAUUUGAUUUAUUUCGGUUUCACUCAUUGUCCAGAUAUUUGCCCAGAUGAGUUAAUUAAACUUGCAGCUGCAAUAGACAAAAUAAAGGAAAAAUCAGGCUAUGAAAUUGUACCUAUAUUUAUAUCAGUUGAUCCUGAGAGAGAUACUGUUGAGCAAGUCGGUGAAUAUGUCAAAGAAUUCCAUCCUAAGAUAAUCGGGUUAACUGGUACUGUGGAUGAAGUAAAGAAAGUUGCUCGUGCUUAUCGGGUUUAUUAUAUGAAAACAGAAGAGGAAGGCUCAGACUACCUUGUGGAUCAUUCUAUUAUCAUGUAUUUGAUGAACCCUGAGAUGGAAUUCACAAAAUAUUUUGGAAAGAAUGAAAAUGUGGAUUCACUUACUGAUGGCAUAAUUCACGAGGUUAAGAUGUACAGCCAAAGUAAAAGUCUCUUUGCGCGUCUUUUCAAUUUGUGAUUCUCAUGAAUCACAGGGAUGAUGGCUUCCUCCUUUAAAUUUUGGCAGGUUAUGAAAUUGAUAUGAAUGAACAACACUAUCUUUUGCUUAUUACCCAUUUGUUAGAAUUGAUGUCAUACAGCAGAAAUUUACAAUGAAUAAUAGACCAUUUUUUCAGUGACACAAGGUUGCGCCUUGGAUAUGUAUUAAUUUUUUGUUUUAUUUUUCUGAAUAGCUCUUCUACAUGGUGUUUACUUGUAUUUUUGUCUUCACUGAAUUCCAACUGAAAUGGAAACUGGAAAGUGCCUGAACUUUGUCUCA